AACACUUCUGUCUUGUUCGAAGCCUUCUGAGCCUUCGCAAUCAGCAAACGGAGCUUUUCCUUUUCUUUUACGAAGUGUGGCAUUUGUUGAGUGUCGAUCCGGUGGAGUCAAUAGGACUUUGUUCCCUUUAAGUGGAGGAGUGGAUCGUCCAUGCGGUGUAAUCCUGCUCUCUAGUGGGAGACGGCCUGAGAGCGAGACUUGCUGUAAUGUGAUUCCAGUGCCAGCCAAGGCAGAGCCGGAGAAAGAGGAGUGCCUUUUGCAAUUUAAGCUGAAUGCUUUGAUAGAUAAUAGCAGACAUGCUUUGUGGGCUGAAAAAGGAUUUGCAGUCAGAUUUCGAUGAUGGCCCUUAUUCAAAAGGAAACAAAGACUCAGGUGGACUGGACACUGCUUUGGUCUCAAGGAGGCAAAGUAUUCCAGAGGAAUUCAGAGGAGUCACCAUUGUGGAGCUGAUUAAAAAAGAGGGCAGCACUCUUGGAUUAACUAUAUCUGGUGGCACAGACAAAGACGGGAAGCCAAGAGUCUCCAACCUGAGACCAGGGGGACUGGCAGCACGGAGUGACCAGCUAAAUGUCGGUGACUACAUUAAAUCGGUGAAUGGGAUUAACCUGACCAAAUUGAGACAUGAUGAAAUCAUAAGCCUGUUGAAGAAUGUAGGGGAAAGAGUAGUAUUAGAGGUAGAAUAUGAGCUACCACUUGCAGCACCAGAGAAUAGUGCUGGCAUCAUUCCAAAGACUAUCGACGUGACCCUGUACAAAGAAGGCAACAGUUUUGGAUUUGUACUACGAGGAGGAGCCCAUGAAGACUGGCACAAAUCAAGGCCGUUAGUCUUAACAUACGUUAGGCCAGGUGGCCCGGCAGACAGGGAAGGCUCUUUGAAAAUUGGUGACAGGCUCCUGAGCGUUGAUGGGAUUCCCCUUCACAGCGUGAGCCAUGCUGAUGCGCUAAAUAUCCUACUUCAGUGCAACCAGGAGGCACUCUUCCAGAUUGAGUACGAUGUCACCAUAAUGGAUACUGUAGCCAAUGCUUCAGGCCCUUUACUGGUGGAAAUCGCAAAGACUCCCGGCUCUGCAUUAGGAAUCACGCUAGCAACGAGCACGCAUCGGAAUAAGCAGGUCAUAGUGAUUGACAAGAUCAAACCAGCCAGUGCGGUGGACAGAUGUGGGGCCUUGCACGUUGGUGAUCACAUCCUUUCCAUUGAUGGCACUAGCACAGAACACUGUUCCUUGUUAGAGGCCACGCAGCUCCUGGCUGCAACAUCAGAAAAUGUCAAGUUGGAGAUACUACCUGCUCACCAUAGUAGACUUCCUCUCAAACCUCCAGAUACAGUCAAAGUGCAGAAGAGUGAUCACCACCACUGUUGGGACCCCUGUGUCAGCUACUGUCACACUCACCAUCCAGGGCACUGCAAGACGCCUACGUGGAACCAAACGUCCAGCCAAGAUUAUUGCAAGUCUCUUGUAGCUGCCAACUUUGCAUCUCCCACAAUGAACGUGUCGGGGUUUGCCUGCCAGAAUUCUAAUACUCUACCUCGGAGCAACCAUGCCAUGAGCCCACGAGCCACCAUGAUGAGGAGGAGACAGAGGAAGAAGGAGCACAAAAGCUCAUUGUCACUGGCCUCUAGCACCGUAGGUCCUGGUGGGCAGAUUGUUCAUACGGAAACAACAGAGGUGAUCCUAAGAGGAGACCCCUUGAAUGGCUUUGGACUCCAGCUGCAGGGGGGUAUCUUUGCUACUGAAACACUGUCCUCGCCUCCCCUCAUCCGAUUUAUUGAGCCUGACAGCCCAGCAGAAAGGUGUGGCCUCCUUCAAGUUGGAGACAGAGUGCUUUCCAUCAACAGCAUUGCAACAGAAGAUGGGACAAUGGAAGAAGCCAAUCAGCUUUUGCGGGAUGCAGCUCUUACUAACAAGGUUGUGCUGGAGAUUGAAUUUGAUGUGGCAGAAUCUGUCAUUCCUAGCAGUGGUACUUUUCAUGUGAAGUUACCUAAGAAAAGAGGUGUGGAGCUGGGGAUUACUAUCAGCUCAAGCAGAAAGUCUGGCGAGCCUUUAAUUAUCUCUGACAUCAAGAAGGGGAGUGUAGCACACAGGACAGGCACUUUAGAACCUGGAGACAAGCUGUUAGCCAUUGAUAAUAUCCGACUCGACAACUGCUCAAUGGAGGACGCAGUGCAGAUUUUAAAGCAGUGUGAAGAACUCGUUAAAUUGAAGAUCAGGAAGGAUGAAGAUAAUUCUGAUGAACAGGAAACAACUGGUGCUAUCAUCUAUACAGUGGAACUGAAAAGAUAUGGUGGACCCCUGGGAAUAACUAUUUCAGGGACAGAGGAGCCUUUUGACCCCAUUGUCAUUUCAGGCUUAACAAAACGAGGCCUAGCAGAAAGAACUGGGGCCAUCCAUGUAGGAGACCGGAUAUUAGCUAUUAAUAAUGUAAGCCUUAAGGGGAAGCCACUGAGCGAAGCCAUUCAUCUUCUCCAAAUGGCUGGAGAAACGGUAACACUGAAGAUUAAGAAGCAAACAGAAAGGACGUACCCCAAGAAGCCUGGGAGUGUGAAUGAAGUGAGUGACCCAGAGGAUGACCUGACUGACUCUCAGAAAACGAGCAAGCUCUCCGAGAUCUAUUCCACCACUAUCCCUAGCGUGGACAGUGCCAUGGAGUCCUGGGAUGGCUCUGGCAUUGAUGCAGGUUAUGGAAGCCAGGUAGGUACAUACUUACCACAGGCUGUUGGUAUUGCUCUUCAUCCUCAUGAGUGGAGAUCCAGCCGACAGAAGAGUAGCACCCCUCCUGGGGACCCCAGAAAGAGCUACCCUUUUAUGGAUGGCAGUUUCAGUGAGGAUGACUGGGAGAAGCCCAGCAGAUAUCCCAACCGCCAAAAUGGCCUUGAGACUGCCCACGAGGAUAAUUUUUGGCGUGUUUUUGGAGAAGCUUUGGAGGACUUGGAAACAUGCGGCCAGUCUGAACUUUUAAGAGAAAUUGAGGCAUCCAUCAUGACUGGGAGUGUCCACAAUCUGGGCCUUGAUGGGGGCAAGUUGCUUAUAAACUCUGUGAACCAGCCAGGGCUGAGCCCACCACGGAAAGGCAAUCCCAAGAGCUCGAGUGAAGGGCAGGGAAACAGCAACGGCACUCCCACCAAGAAGAAUGACAGGAAUCUAGAGCUGAAGAUGAUGAAGGAAGAGAUCCAGGAAAUCUUGGCUCCCACUCCUCUUGAGCUGCACAAGAUGACCAUCUGUAAGGAUCCAGAGACUGAAGACUUUGGAUUUAGUGUCUCGGAUGGCUUGCUGGAAAAAGGUGUUUAUGUGAAUAUGAUCCGUCCCGAUGGACCUGCUGAUCAGUGUGGACUCAAGCCGUAUGAUAGAGUCCUUCAGGUAAACCGCAUUCGAACAAGGGACUUUGAUUGCUGUCUGGCUGUCCCUUUAAUAUCGGAGGCAGGAGACAAGCUGGACUUGGUCAUCAGCCGGAAUCCCCUGAUUUCAGCCAAUGCCCGGCUAAAUGAUCAUGGGGAUCUGCCAGGCCAGCAGUCGGUGGGUGUGGAAGUGAAGACCAACACACAGACACUAUGAAGGCCGGGUUAAUUUUGUGUCAGCUGUCCUUGAGUGGGGCAAAUUGGGUUAAUGGGUGUCUCUUGUGCUUCUCAGUUUUCCGUUGCACUGACAUUUGUCCUUAAUCUGUGUCAUGUGACUUGGCAUGAUGAAAAGCUUUCCAGUGAGCCAUGCCUUUGAAGGCUAUCAAUCUUGGUCUUGAAGGUCUGAGCUGAGAGAGAUGGAACGGCUUAGCACAAAGUGUGGAACUGGCUGCAGACAGCAAGAAGGCAGCCCCCAGUGGGACUCAUCUGAGGAAGGACACCUACUGUUCACACUAUGAGCUUCUCCAGCACAUAGGAUGAAUAGGGCACAGACCACUUUUUGCCCCAAUGUUGAAGGGCUUGGAUACAUGGUGCUAUUUUUGUUGUUGUUUGCUUUGUUAUAUCAUGUACAGCUGAUCUUAAAAUUUAUCCCCUCUCGUUUCUGUGGCAGGCAUCCCCUGUACUAUCCCACAGCCCUUUCUUAAACCCCUGCAAACCCUUGAAAUCUUCCCUCACUCCUAGUUCUCCUCAAUCUCUGAUGGAUCAGUGUGCCACACCACAUUCCCUCUAAAAGCCACAAACAGAUUUUCACAAAAAACUGAGCCCACAAGAGAUGAAACUCAGACACUUGGGCCUCUCCUCUUCCUGCCUCAACUGAGGCCCAUGUUCUCCGGGACACAGCAAAAACACGUUCACCACUUCCUGGACUUCAAGACAGAAAUUGUCUUCACUGAUUCUGUUUCUGAAAGCACUUGACUUUAACACAGCAGGUGGAAGGCUUGCUUUCCUGGGCCGCCAACCAUCCUAUGAGUACAUAUAAGUCACCAGAAAGCUCUCUCUUUGCUGAAGCCUACUUUCUUUCUUAUGAGUGGGUGACUGAACUGAAGGCACUCACCUCCCACACACCCCUGCCCAUAUAUAUAUAUAUUUUUCCCCUUGUGUAUGAUGAUGGUGGUGGUGGGAGAAAGCCUUGUAUCCCCUUGUCACUGUUUAGCAUGAGAUGUCCUCUGCUAGGUUGAUAUUGUAUCUCCCAAGUGCCCUCGCUGUGGCUCAUCUUCGUGCAAGUACAGACAUGUGUGUCUUUUGUUUCCACUCACUGGUGAUGGUGAUGUGUCCCACCCUGGUGUAACUAACUGGCCAUGGCAGCAGCAGCCCUCAGUUUUCAGUGGUUCUCUCUUCCUCCUCCUCCUUCACGGCUCGUGAGCACGGUGAGGCCUUUGUGACCCUCAGCCCUGCAUCUGCCUCUCCCCCUAGCCCUUGUAGUGAUAAUGGCUGUGAUGUUCACAUUCACCGAAUGGUCUGCCUACAACAAAUGGAUUGGAUGGCGAUCAAGGCCGUAGUCUUUUCUCUUCACGUGGCAAAAAAUGCCAGGAUUUGCAGAUCUCCUUCUGGCCCGUCCAACUGCCCACCCCAUGAGUUUCUGGGAUAGCACUUUAUUGUGAUUUUUCAUUGAGCCUCUGAUUUGGGAAUUUGAGAACACCCCUAAUCUGGGGGACUAGUUUCUCUUUUCCCUUGCACUCCUUUUGUUUUACAGUACUUUAGUACUGUUCCAAUGCAUAUUAAGAUGCUGUGUUUUGGCACUGGUUGGAAACCUUCACUGAUCAGUGCUUUCCCAGGACUGGUUUCCGUGUCAGAGUCCAGGCUAAGCAGUGAGUCCAUUUACUUUUGUUGCUAUCUAAAUUCUUGGCCCCUGUCAAAAGUACCAGUGAUUCCCUUAAAGAUGUGCAUGGAGUCCUAUGGGGCUGUCUCUAUUUGUAGCCAUUCUCUUUUCACAAAGUAUGCAAUAUAUCCAUACCAUUGCUGCCAUAAACCUAGAUGAUGUGCCAUAAAAGAAACUGCAGAGUAUUGACCAUUAAGAGCAGAAAAAAAGGGGUUUUUUUAUAUGCAAUAUUCUCAAAAUGGCAGAAGCUCAACAUGGCUUCAAACAGGUUUUUAAUGAAGACUUUUAAUAAGGCUUUAAAAUAUGGUCCUUCUAUUCCCUUCCCUUGCAUUUUGAAUGAUAUGAAAAUGAAAUGCAUUACUUAAAUGUGUAUUUUUAUCCAUAUAUUAGAGUGUAUUCCUUGUAAAGUAUUUUUCUAUGCUAAUUUUCUUAUGUAUCUAUGA